AUGCGACUGCAUCAGGUGCUGCUUCUUCCACUUGGUAUUCUACAUGAUUGCUUACCCAUACAGGGUUACAAGAGGAAGCCCUACUUUGUGGCAUCCUGGUUUGUUUGUGGGGGCGCGCUCUUAGCUAUGAGCAUGCGCCCGCUUCCCCCGCCUUACUACUGUCGCCAGCCCAACGGCGACUAUGAUAUGCACUUGCCACCUUGCAAUCCUGGCAUCCAUGCGGAAAAGAACUGGUACGUCUUUCCACUGUGUGUGCUGGUCGCUGGUGUUCAGAUGGGGGUCGUGGCUGGCGAAGGCCUACUGCUGCAGUACUCCAAGAGCGAGCCAGUGGCAUUCCGCGGGCAGAUGAAGGCGGAGUUUACCAUUGUCACCAUGGCAGGUAGCGUCACUUCCUCCGCGGUGAUUGGAAUCUUCAUGAAUGGCAAGGAGUAUUUGGGUACAUUUGAUUGGGGGUUGUCCUUCAAUGGCUUGAUGACGGUGUGCUUGGUCAUAACUGCCCUGAUGAUUCCGAUUUCCUUGCUGUGCGUCUACGAGCCCAAGAGGAUGGGGCAACCUUCAUGCCGCACUCAUUUCCAGUCCUCUUGGAAGCUUGUGAAGAACAGAGGUGUUUCCAGCGUUCUGCUUUUUGCUUUCGUGAACCAGUUCUUUGCCUCGAUUUCCACAACUGCUGCACCUAUGGUCCGGAGUCAGUGGGCCGGGGUCAAGGUCCUACAGCAGCAACUCUUUCUCAUUGGCAGCACUGUCAUGAUGAUGGUGGCCACCUGGAUCUACAAGGUGUGCCUCCUGCAGACUUCCUGGCGGAAGGCCCUGAUGGUGGCAAUCGUGACGGUGACACUCUGUGAUGCUGUCCCUACCUUCCUUGCAGUUUUCGGCAUAGUGCGUGACCAGUACUUCUACCUGGGCGAAGAAGUUGUUGGAGCUGUGCCCUCUACAGCCCUGGCCUUAGUGACGAACUUGAUGAUCAUCGAGCUCUCUGAGCCUGGAUUGGAGGGUCUUUGCUACGGGCUGAUUGGAACUUUGAUGAACGCCAGUCAGCCAGUAUCCACAGCUCUGAGCAAUCAGCUUUUUGGUUUAUUCCGGCCAUCCUUAUCCGAGCUGCAGAACUACAUCGCAGAUACCUUGAGCUUCCGAGCGACUGUGGCAUGGUCCUACGUGCUGACUUAUGUUGCAUCCUUGCUUGGUAUGUGCGCGCUUCCUUUGAUCCCAAGGCAGAAAUCGGAUGCCCAAAAGUGGAAGAAAGAGUCUAGGUCAAGUCCCAUAUUGGCAAGCUUCGUCCUUGCCAUCCCAUCACUGUCUUUGCCUUAUGGGGUUACCGUUCUGCUACUGGCCAGUCAGCCGCAAACUGCCUGUCUGCGUUGGGUCGGUGGCCCUGGUUGCCAGCAUUUUACAUAA